GCGCGUAGCUCGUAGCGGCGUAGCUAUUAUAGGGUCUGAUAUAAAGCUAGGGCGGGCGGGAGGAUAUUUCAGUCGUCGGGAAAGCAUCGUAGUGUGAACUCCUCAUUAUAUUUUGCUAUCGACGUCCUGGGGAAUUGCAGCAGAAUGAUCGGGAAUAUAGUAUUCUGGUCCAUCGUGAUCGCAUGCGGUGCGGCCUACGACAUGUAUGAUGAAAACCGGCCCUUUAGGUUCGAUCAGAAUGGAGACGUCCUCUACAACCAGGAAGAAAACUACGACUACCAAGAGUUCGGGCCAUACGCCCCGGAGUUCCGCGCUGACCCUGCGCACAGCCUGAUGCUGUACCAGCUCUUCAACUCGCUGCAGAACGGAGAUGAUGACCGUCUUCGAAUGCGCUUUAGGCCUAAAUUGGAGAGCCCUCUAGGCAACUACGGCCAAAUACCGUAUUCUGAGGUGAUGGAUCCCAAGCGUGCUGUAGCUAAGAGAACUGCCAUUUCCCCUGGCAGCUCAGUCAACGCAAAUGAGCAUCAAGUGAAACCUAUUAACCAGCCAACCAAUGUGAAGGGCAAGAACGUUCGAAAAGGUCGGAAUUGGGUCUGCUACCUGAAGGUAUGCGCUUACCGUUUUCCAAAGUGA